AUGAGCUCGGAGCACCAGAGCGACAGCGAGGACGCCGAAGAGUCGCGGGACAGGCCCAGUAGCAGCAACCUCUCCGACAAAGAAGCAGACCCUGACAUCGACGACUCAGACGAAGACGAUGACAUCGCUCGGGGAGAUUCUCAUUCGCCACCGAGAAGCAGCGGGGACCAGCCGGAGCGAGGCAGUGGGAGCGCGGGGGGCUCCGUCCCCGACCGAGCCAGAAGGAAUGGCCUGUUUUCCUGGCUGCAGAGCAGGACUAUACGACGAGGGGUGUUUGUGGACCCAGCCAGGGAUAACUUCAGAACAAUGACCAGUUUGUACCGCUCUAUGAAUCCGGCUGCGGAGUCUGUCAACCUGAGCACUCAGACCCACGGAGCAGUGUUCAACCUGGAGUACUCCCCAGACGGGUCUGUGCUGACUGUGGCCUGCGAGCAGACUGAAGUCCUGCUGUUUGAUCCCAUCUCAUCCAGACACAUCAAAACUCUGACAGAAGCCCACGAGGACUGCGUCAACAACAUAAGGUUUUUGGACAAUCGUUUGUUUGCCACCUGCUCUGACGACACCACAAUUGCAUUAUGGGAUCUCCGUAAGCUGAAUUCAAAGGUUUGCUCAUUGCACGGCCACGCCAGCUGGGUGAAAAACAUCGAGUAUGACACCAACACUCGUCUUCUUGUCACGUCUGGAUUUGACGGCAACGUCAUUACAUGGGACACUAACAGGUUCACAGAGGAUGGCUGCCCGCACAAAAAGUUCUUCCACACCCGCUACCUAAUGAGGAUGCGUCUGACGCCUGACUGUUCCAAGAUGCUCAUCUCCACCUCCUCAGGGUACCUGCUCAUACUCCACGAGCUGGACCUCACCCAGUCCCUCGAGGUGGGCAGCUACCGCAUGCUUCGAGCCCGACGGACUCCACUCAGCUCAGAUGGAGGCACAUCAGCGUCGAGGUCGACUGGAACUCCUCGCCAGGGGAAUGACUCUGCCAAGGUCCACCCUCAUAGAGAAGGCCUUUCUCCAAGGAACAGCCUGGAGGUUUUGACUCCAGAGAUCCCAGGAGAGAGGGACAGAGGGAACUGCAUCACCUCUCUGCAGCUCCAUCCAAAAGGCUGGGCCACACUCAUCCGAUGCUCCAGCAACAUGGACGACCAGGAGUGGACGUGUGUGUAUGAGUUCCAGGAAGGAGCGCCCACUCGCCCGCUCAUCUCCCCCCGCUGCUCCCUUCGCCUCACCCACUACAUUGAGGAGGCCAACGUGGGCCGGGGCUACAUUAAGGAGUUGUGCUUCAGCCCGGACGGGCGGCUCAUCUGCUCCCCCUACGGCUAUGGCGUCCGCCUGCUGGCAUUCAACGAGCACUGCGGCGAGCUGGCCGACUGCCUGCCUGUCCAAACCAGCUCCCUCAGGGAGAUCCGCUCCAUCUACUCACACAGUGACGUGGUGCUCACCACCAAAUUCUCCCCGACUCACUGCCAGCUGGCCUCGGGCUGCCUCAGCGGACGCGUGGCCCUUUACCAGCCCAAGUUUUAGCAUCCAGUGUCAGAGAAUGAUGCCCUGCAGACCUGGGUAGGGAAGUUCUUACAAGGUUUCCUGCACAAACCUGGAAAGUCUAGGAAGUUAGUGAAGGAGCAUUUAGUGGUUUCCAGGUUCGACUGGUUUGAUAGUAGUACAGAAAAUUCUGUAAAAAAUUUUGCUCAGCUUCCGUAUGUUGUUCAUAGAACUACGUAUUUUUGAUUUUAGGGCCUUGUCUUCUAAUAUAUGCAGGUUUAAUUCAUCCAAAACUAGUGACAUGGCCUCCUUAGUAUCAUUUGGUAUAAAAUAUAUCAAAACCAUCAAAGGAAAUUACAUUUUUAGUUUUUUUUUUUAAAUGUUAUAACCAUAGCAUUUGUUUUAAAGUGCUCGUUGGACCAGAUGGGUCGCUUUCAUUACAGGCAGAUAGUUCAUAUAGUGGGACACAUUGUGUAAAUCUCACUGUGCUUGGAGGCUUAAGUCGACUUUAGAACACGUCUGAACAUAGUGAUUGUUCUGAACCCUGUGCUAGACAAUCUGUAAUGAAAACCCCACCACCUGGCACCUGCAAGUGAUAAAGUAAACCUUAAAAAAAUAUACUGGGCACUCCUAGACCCAGGUCUGCAGCUGUGAAGCAGACUGAGUUUGUUUGGGGGGGAGUCGUCUCUUGGCAGUCACUGAGCUGGGAGUAACAUAUAAAGGCCCCCUGACCAGGCUGCAGCAGUGCACGCGCCUUCUUCAAGAAGAAGUUCAUAGUAAGGAUGAAUUUUGCUCUAUAUAACAGAAAACUCUAACUGACUUUGAGAUUAAGCAGAUCCAGAUGUUGCUCUCUUGGGACAAAAACACUAAGGAUGCAAACAGACAGACAUUAAUCCAUGAAAAUGAGACGGGCGCUCGUGUUUGCCACCUGCUUUGUCAUUGACUGUCGUCAUGAGGCGUCCUCCGCUCCAGGUCGUGUCACUCCGCUCAUGCCUUCUUCCACAGGUGCUGCUUCUCUGCUCAUACAAUCUGAACUUUCACUCCGUCCUUCGCCAGCGCUUUUCUACUCGCUCGUGGAGGGUGGCGUCUCCACUUCUUAGCUGUCACUUUUUUUCCCCUACCGUCUCCACCGUGUUUCCACCUCUAUUGUCUCCGAAGACACUGACUGUUUUUUGUGUGUGUGUUGGCGCUGGCACUGCUGCUAGCACAGCGUUUCUUUUAGUUGAUUCCAUGCUCGCUUUUUGCAUCAUUUAGGCCAAGUUCACUUCUCAUUUCCCUCGACUACUUUGCUUUUGUUUUUAUCUUUAGCCUGUAAACAACAACCUCAUGCUGCCUGGGCACCGGAAAAGUCCGGCUGCUGUCAGUACCUCAGUUUUCAAUGUAUCCCACCCUGACAAUUUCCAGUAUUGCAAAAUGAUUAAUGGAAAAGAGUAAUUGGAUGAUUGUUCUCUAAAUGAUGAGGCUGGCAUUAAACAGUAAAGUGGAGAUGACUUUUAAAGGUGGAUUAAUACACAUUUGAUGCUUUGGUAUAUGUCAGAUUGAGUCAAAGUACAGUGCCCAUGUUCAUAGUAAUGAAGGAAGAUGGCAGUCAGUGCAAUGGAGGGGCUCACUCGUGUUUUUAUUUAUUUUAUUUUAUUUUUUUACAGCAGUGGUGCUCUGUGGCAUCAGUAUUUGGCCACACACAUGAUACCUGUUAGUCGUAGCAAUCCACUGUUAAUUUUAGUAUUUCAUGGGAUGUGACUAUCAGAAAAAUGUGGAACAUUGCCAGUCUCAUCCUUUCUAUCAGUGGUGUUUUGACUUUUUGCGAUGGAAUUUUGGGCAAAGAUGUUGACUUGUUUUGUGACCUUGUACCUGGUUUUGUUGGUUUUUGGAGUGUUGAUCCACGUCAGUGUUUGAUUUUUAUUUA